GGGGUUCAUUCCUGGAAUUAUAUUAGUCAUUUCACAUCUCAAACCUCAAGUGCUCUUGGCAGGACACUUAACACCAAUUUUUCUGAGAAUUGCUGGCAGAGAGCAGAGUGUAUGGUCAGUGAGGAACAGUUGUGCAAAACAGUGGUUGAGGUAUUGUACCUUCUUGGCAAAUGAUUUUAUCACAGAUUACAUGUAAGUCAUGUACAUGUAUUGGCAGAUGUCAGAUUAAAACUUGGUGUGAAGAACGAGACAUCCAUGUUUAAUGUGUCUGGUACAUGUUGAUGUUGACAAGUUACCGUGCAACAGCGUUGGCAACAAUGUAGAGGAGAGUUACUUGGCUACUGAUGAGACAUGGCGUAGGGCAUGGCGCAGCAGACGGCUCAACUGUCAGAAAGGUUACGAUUGGCUGCCAGCAAAGGUGAAGUGAGUUACAUCCGAGAGCUGGUCCAAUCAGGAGCCGGAUUCACAGCAGACAAGUAUGGGCGGACGGCACUCCACUACGCAGCAAACUAUGGCCAGGCAGAAGCAGUCAAGUUGUGUGUUCAUCUGGGAUGUGAUCUAGAUGCACAGGAUGUUUAUGGUUGCACCGCUUUGCACCGGGCUGCAAUUGAUAACCAUACAGAUGCGGUCAGAGCAUUAUUGCUGGAGGGGUGUGCGGUGGAUAGACAAGAUGAGAAUGGCAACACUGCAUUGCAUGAGGCCACCUGGACUGGCUAUGAUGAGAUUGUUGUCGCAUUAGUCAAACAAGGGAAGGCCAACUUACAUGCAAGCAACAAGUAUGGUAAUAAGCCUCUACACCAAUCUUGCCAAAAUGGCCACAGUGAGACCACGAGGAUACUGCUCAGAGCUGGCUCCCACCCAAACAUCAAGAACAACAAUGGUGAGACUGCAUUACACAUCGCUGCUCUGUUUGGCCACAUCACCUGCUGUAGGAUCCUAGUUAGUGCCAACUCCAAUGUUAAUAUCACGAACUCGGAAGGGAACACAGCUCUGCACGUUGCUGCUGGACUCGGAAAGAAGAAAAUAUCCAAGAUAUUGAUUGAAGCAUCCACUGAUCUCAGCAUCAGUAAUAAUAAUGGAGAGACAGCUUUGGAGAUAGCCAGAAAGAAUGAUCAUGCUGACGUUGUCAUGCUCAUAUUGGCUGCUAUUAAGUUGCAGAAAAGCAAGUCUUCCAACCAUCACCACCACCACCACCACAACAAAACCCCGCACAAGCCCCCAGCUGCAGGCCAGGACAGACCCGAGGCCACCCAGCAGCACCACAGACACAAACAGGAUGCAGAGGUGGCCGAUGCCAGUAAGCCAGAUGAGGCUCGCGUCAGAGGCAGGAGGGAGCUGCGUGAACAGGAGAGAAAGGAGAGCCAAGAGAGAGCAGCCGCAAGUCACCAGCACAAGAAAGAUGGAGAGGAACGGAAGAAGAAAUCAGGGAAGCCGUCCGCACUGGCCAAGAAGCCAAUUCUUGCCACCAACCAGUCACAGCGAACUACCAGCCACAAGCAGGUGACCUUCGUCAAGGAGGAGCUGAGGAACGCAGUGCUGUGGGAGAAGCAGCUCCAUCAGCAAAUCCACAGCGUGAAGUUUGAAGACGUUGACGGCAAGGGUCAUCAUCACCGACACAAGCAUCAUCAGAAAUGUUUGUACAAAGACGACAAAGGCAAUGUCACUAAGGGUACGACCACCAGCUACUGCACCUGCUCCAUCUACAUCCACAAACUCCAGAAUCAGCUGGAGGCCAGCAAGGAGAAGAUGCUGUACGAGAUUGACACCACGAGGGCACAGUUUGAACACCAGCUGGUCUCGCUGGACAAGAAGCUGACACAUCAAGGCAGCUGCCUGGACCAGCUGUGCAAGGAGCGUGUGGCCUCCGAGCACACUGAGUGCCUGCACCGCAUUGACCGCCGCAUUCUGCAGGAGAGGGCGCUUUGGUCAGAGGAGUAUGAGCGCCGGCUGAGCUACGUGCGCGAGGAGCUGCGUCGCUACUUUGAGGUGCGCCUGCGGACGGUUCAACAGCAGCUGGCUGUGUAUUAUCCCUCGGACGAGCGCCAGCCACUGCACGGCAAUCCGUCCGGCUUCGAGAGGAUCUCUGAAGGGACUGAGGACUCAUCGGGAUCAGAUCCCAACACACGGCAGCGGGUCAAGGCAGAGAUAGUUGGCCCCAGCGGGAGGAUGAUUGCCAGGAGGAGGCCGUCCCCGAAUCCAGGUCAUAGCACCAGAGUCGCCAGCGCAGAUGGACGCCUGACCCAUUCAAACCACCCAAGACAAAAUGGGAUACUGAACCAUCACGUGAACGGAGAACAAUCACACGAUGCAUAUCAAUCAAAUUACACAGAGGAUAACAGGGGAAGGUCACGAAUGGUGAUGCGUGGACCCCCACCCAGGGGCAGGAGAACCAGCAGCUUCACAAGGGCAGUGCAGCAUCAGAAUGCCUCUGCCAGCCCUGGACACCCCAAGGAUGAUCAUUCGGGAAAAGAGCUGGUCUCAGCUACAUACAUUCCCCCCAUCGCCCAUCCCGAUCUUCCGCAGUCUUCCAAGCCCAGAGAACCUGAGAGCGCAGUGGUUGCCGCGAGUUUUAAUUUCAAGACGGACUCCAGUGGGGAGGAAUCCUCGAGCAGCAGUACCAUCUCACUAAAGACAGUGUCGCGCCGUCCUGUCCGGGCCAACCAUUCCGAUACGCAAGUCCAGGGAUCGGAGUGCACCUCGGAAGCUCCGCAUGCCUCAGACAACCGUCCCUUCCAGAGACUGUCAAAGAUCGCUCUGGAGCAGAAAGCCCAGUUUGAAAGCCAGCAGGGACAUCACACAAAAGCUUCUGGACAUUCCCAGGAGGCAGUGAGACAGCAACCCGUCAGUGCAUCUUCAUGGCAAAAGUCCGCAUACAGAAUUCCUGCAGAUGUUACUGCUCAGUCAUUGCCUAGCAACCCACAGUCCAAUCAGACCUCCCCAGAUUCAAAUUCACCCUCGUCAUCCCAGUAUUCGCCCAAUCAGUGUGGCUAUUCAAACUCCUCCUCUGGGGUGUCGUCGGGAGAUGCGGCGACUGCGUCCUCGAUCCGAACUCGUCGCAACCCCAUCGACGAUGUCUUGAUCCGGGCUUUUGCCAUGGAACGCGAGAGGCAAACAAUGCGCAAGUCAAACAAUCGGCCCGGCACUGCCAGGGCAGACUUCCCCAAGUCCACCGAGGAUUCCAAACCAUCUGCGUAUGUCAAGGGUUUUGCCAGAGCAGACUUGAGCCAGUCAGACAGUCUUCAGGUAACACCCUCGAGGAAAACUCACGAACUUCAAAUAUGAAUCCACGUUUAUAUUGGUGCCAGCUUUCUGUUUUACAUGAAUAUUGCAUGCAUGGGCUUGAGUGGGCCGAGGGUGUUUUCUGACGUAACUUAAGUUCACCUUUGUUUUUCAUGUACCAUUUAAAUUUAUACCUGUGUACAAAAGGUGUCCUGCUCAUCACUGAAACUUUCACUCUUUAUUUUAAAGUGUGCUAUCAGUAUUUUAUGUAUUGAUUGAUUGAAUAGAGCAUGCAGUUCAUCAGGCAAACCAGCUGUUCAUGAAGUGUCUCACUUUUUACAUUUUAUUUUAAUUUCUCCUGUACAUACAUUGUACUUACAAAUAUUGUUAUGCGUACAGUGCUCCAAGCAUUUUCUUCUACAAAGUCAAAUUUUAUUUCCUUGUACACAGUGAUGUGUGUACUUGUAUUUUUAAUUUAUAAUGGGGAUUUACAGAUGGAGAAAAACCAGAGAAGACACGUCUGUACUGUUGUUGGAAUCAGGGGUGGGGCGUUAUUUAAUCUGCAGAUCUACAUGAACUGCCAGGGUGCUGUUUCACAGAGCUGCUUAACAAUUUGCAGAAAAUUUGCGCUUUCAAGAUUUUGUGUACGGUAACCAUUAUUUCAUGGCGUUGCUUUGCGUGCUUGUGCUUACGCAUAUCCAAACCUAGUGAUUCUCAUUGUUAUGUUGCUAAGUUGAGCAAUUUUCCCUCUAAGGUAAGCGAGUGUCAGCACCUAUGUACAGAAAUUAACGGCAACAGAAUGCAGUAACUCAAAGGCAGUAUGUUUGUGUGAUAAUUUAAAUUGACACAUUUGGUUUGAAAAUUGUUCUGUAGAUAACUUUCCAAGAUAACAAUGGCGCACCUUGAGGAAGAAUUGAAGGCAUGACAAAGGCAUGCCCACUCUGUCUCCCAAUAGUCUCCCAAUCAGUCGGUGAUGUAAAGAGGACCGUGAUUAGCCAACAUGUCAUGUUAGUGUGGGAUCUUUGAAAAGUUGCUCAGAUUUCUUAGCAUGGCCAUUUAUGACCCUACUGAAUGGUUUUAUCCACUUUUAGUGUAAACAGUCCCACAGAAAACCACGGUGUUUGAUAUUUUUUUUUACUGCAUGGAGUUGUGUUUUGUCUAUAUAUAUGGACCACACAAACUUUUGGUAUACCAAGCAAAGUUACAUCCUUCAACUAUUUUACCCAGUUAUUUUGUGUCUUCCAAAAUAUGCAGCCUCUCGUUUAUUUUUCAUAGUAAAGAAAAAAAAUUAGGUGGAGGAGAGAAAUUCUAAAGGUUUAUUUUAGAAGCUGAUUUUUUUCAGCACUGUGUAUAAGAAUUCUUUGUCCUUGGUUUAGAUAUUUUUCUUGUGCCUUAAAGCAGUUGAUGCAAAUGUUUAAAUUUUUACAAGUAAAUGUACAAAUAUAUGAACAUAAUUUUUAUUACUAAUCCAUAAUCUUAUCUGUGAUUUAUUGGCCCACCAAAGACAAGCCAGUUCAGUUUUCCAAGAAAAAUGUUUAUAAAUUCAACCUUUCACCAUGAACAUCAUCAGCUGUCAAAUAUUAUAUUCAUUCAAAGGUUUUUUCUGCACAGACUGUACAUACUUGUUACAUAAAAUUAUUAUGCAAAUGGUUGCAGGUAAAAGGGUGUUCGCCGCAGUGCCUAUCAAGACAUUGAAGAAUUGAAACACGUCAAGGCCAUUUUAACGGCAAAAGGAAAUACAAAAGCAGAGUGCCUUUAAAUAUUUAAAUAGUGAAUUUUUAGAAAAAUGAAAUGGAUGGACUUUCGUUAAAAUAACUUAUUUCUUUAUCAUCUUCAUUGUAUGAAGUCAAAAUAAAAUACCACUGUCAGGGGUACCUGGGAAGUAACUUGUGGUACUUAACAACCCCCCCCCCCCGACUUGGCCAUGUUUCCAGUGCAGUGGAACAGUUGGAUUGCUAGCCUCUGCAGCAGCCUGGGCACAAUUCGUUUUGUAGCUGUGGGGACAAAAGUUGGCCCCCCAUCACAAUACUGGUGUUCACAACAUCUACGUUUCAACCUAUGCAGGCGGAUC